GAAAAGUUCACCCUGGACAAGAACGGGUUCCAAUUCUUCAGGAGGGCAACCAAACACACCGACUUCACGGACGACGAGCGGAUCCGGCAGGAGUACUACCCCGAGAGUGAGGAGCUGCUCAAGGAGCUAACGGGAGCCAGCCGAGUGCUCUUUUUCGAUCACACCGUCCGCCGUCGCGUCGCACCAGAGAACACGGAUGCGAUAGCCCAGCAAGAUGCGUCUGGCAUCCGGCAGCCCGCCCCGCAGGCCCACGUCGAUCAAAGCACCGCAGGCGCCAUCGCGCGCGUCCACCGCCACCUCCCACCUGCAGACGCAGAGGCGGCGCUGCGCCGGCGCUUCCAAAUCAUUAAUCUCUGGCGUCCUGUAAAACAUGCGGCGCUAGACUGGCCGCUCGCGUUCUGCGACUACCAGAGCGUCGAUGUGGAGGGUGGGGACGUCACCCCGACGGAGCUGCGGCGAAGUGACUAUACCGGCGAGACGAUGGCCAUCAAGUAUAACCCACAGCAUAAGUGGAAAUACUUGCGUGCGAUGGAGCCGGACGAGUUUGUCCUGAUAAAAUGUUAUGACUCGAAAGAUGGAGUGGCCAAGUUUGUGCCUCAUACAGCCUUCAAGGAUCCCAGCACUCCUCCUGAGGCCCCCCUGAGGGAGUCUAUCGAGCUUAGAGCUCUCGUGUUCUAUGACUGA